UAUAUCGGCCGGGACAAUCCGCAUGACUCUCACACUUUCUUCAUGUCAUUAACAUCGCUUCCAUAAACUCGAUCAAACCAUACUUCUCUACACUGUUGCUUUUCUAACUAUCUACAGGACAUCGGCCUGCCAAUCCGAUACAAAAGUUACAAAGGCUUGCAUUAGAAUUGAAGUCUUUCGGAAUCGCCGAUUUGGUGUUCUCGGCAUUCUGCGGGGUCUGCGUAUUCAGUGAAAGUCAAGGAAUUCGUAUUAUACGAUCGUUCACGGCGUGAUUGGGAUAAUCAGCUGGGAUUGUGAAGUACAUUCGACUAUCAGCCCAUCGGUCGAAAACAAGUCUCGCCAAAGCGAGCAAACUCUAGGGACUAUUUCGUGGUCUGGCAUUGAAUCUACGACUACGAGGUCUGGAACAUAAGCCAAUCCACGAAGACACUUGAGUUCUCUCCCGAAAAUGUCGUCCAACAGCACUUUAACCAAGGGAUUUGACUCGAUCGAGUCCACCAUUGAGGCGUUCCGCAAUGGCGAGUUCAUCGUGGUACUUGACAACGAAGACCGCGAGAACGAAGGAGACCUGAUCAUUGCCGCCGAGGACAUCACCACCGAGAAGAUGGCGUUUAUGGUCCGAUAUACGAGCGGACUCAUCUGUGCGCCACUUAGCUCGCAGCUUGCCACGAAACUAGCACUGCCACAAAUGGUCGUGGACAAUGAGGACCCGAACCGUACAGCGUACACGAUUUCUAUCGAUAGCCAGGACGAGAGUGUCACGACUGGAAUUUCGGCACACGAUCGCGCCCUAACGUGCAGAACGUUGGCGAGUGCCAAGGUCAGCGCCGGCAGCUUCAGACGGCCGGGACAUGUGUUUCCUUUGAGAGCACGGGAUGGCGGUGUUUUGGAAAGGACGGGACAUACAGAGGCCGCGGUGGAGUUUUGUCGAUUGGCUGGCAAGACGCCUGUGGGUAUCAUUUGUGAGAUGGUGGAUGAUGGAGAGUCGGUUCCUGGGCAGUCGAUUAUGCGCGAGCCUGGUAUGAUGAGACGGGAUGCUUGUUUGGAGUUUGGGCGGAAAUGGGGACUUAAAGUCUGCACGAUUGAGGAUCUGGUUGGUUACGUCGAGAAGGAGAAGGGCGUUGGAGAUUCUGCGCUUGCGAAUGGUGUCAAUGGGCAUAAAGAAUGAAUAUAUCAUGCUCUGGAGAGCAGGCUCGGUAAGAUCAAUCUGUUAUCCCGUGGCGACAACGAGCCGAUAUAUCAAUGGGAUUACAUAAGACACAUACCAGUUACUAUCGCAUUCUGACAUUCAUAUUCAAGUUCCUUGAACAGCCUCUCAUCCAGUGACCGUGAUCGUAU